AUGUCCAAAGUGCGAAGGUUUGCUCUUCACGAUGUGCUGACAUCUGAUUCGUCGUCUGAGGAUCAAAAACUGCACAUUUUAGCCGAGUUUAAAGGCCAUGUCAAAAAAGAACUGGUGUAUGAACCAUCCAUACCGCAUUAUUUCGAAUGUCUAUGUGCGAUAAUGAACAGCACCAGUGGCGUUGGCGAGUGUGAAAAAAUGUUCGUUUUGUGCCAUUCAACGCUGUGUUAUUUAGUCAAAAGAGUCGCAAUGCAAUGUCCAGCGGCUUUCGACGCUGAUACCAUCCGGGCUUUGAUGGUCCCGUUGCUUCGAACAGUUCAUUUAGGCAGCAAAAUUUGGCUUGGGUCGGUCAAAGCUCUGGAAGCUGUAUACUUGGCACAACCUUCAAGCCUCGAGCAAACGCUCGAAAGUCUGCAGUUGCAGGAAAAUGACCGGGUGGCUGCCUUGUUGUUCACAGACGAGCUCAUCCAGCUUCACCAAAAAAACAAUCGGAACCCAUUAGAGAUCCUAAACAAGUUCACAAGUCUUUUUCUAAGCAUUCUUAAUGAACCACACGGUUCUAGGUUCCAGGACUACGAGCUGAUACGUGAUAUUCUCGCCAAAUACUAUACUGCACAUUCCAUGCAAGAUUUCGCCCGCCGAGUUAAAAAUCCAGAGAUUCGACAGCUGCUUGAAGUAAGACCAGAGGUACCUUUGGACCAGAUAUCGGUAGAUGAGGACGAGAACCAAGAACCUCAUUCUUCUGACUUUGAUAUCCAAGGCGAGCUUCAGGCUCUGCUUAAAGAUCAAAUCAGAACGUCGCUGCCGACACUCCCGAGAAACUUCAGUAAUAUCGAUGCCCUUCGAAGGGAAUUGGAACAUGUAUUCAUACCCUUCACCUCACCGAAAGAGACUGAACAUAAUUGGAGACAGCGACAGGAGGCCAUCAUUGUUUUACGAGGAAUCAUUGCAGGCAAUGCUUCUCUGGUGUUUACAGACGAGGUUGUGACCGCUUUCAAAGACUACCAAAUAUCGGAUUGCAUUUCGAAGGCGGUUUCGUCUUUGAGAACCUCUCUUUCCAUGCACGGCUGCCAACUAGUUAAAGAAAUGGCCAACCGCCUGCAGGUGAAGAUCAAUCCUAUAGCAGAUGGGAUUUUCCAUUCCCUAAAGAAUGUGCUUUCAGCGACCAAGAAAAUAGCGUCUCAAAAUGCGUUUCACGCUGCAUGCGUUCUGUUGGCAUCAAUGCACUUUCACAGCAGAACUUUCCAAUCCUGCUUCCUACUCUCCAAGGACAAAAAUGUCUCCCCUCGAUGCUAUGCUGCGAUCUUCUUGCGUAUUUUUCUCAUUAGGUUCAACUCAAAGUUGGACCACUGUGUUAUAUACAUAGACGAGUGGAUCAACAGAAGCGCCACUGAUGCUCAAACCAAGGUCAGAGAGUCGAUGCGAGUUACUUUUUGGUACUAUUACAAAAUAUAUCCUACGAACGCGCAGAAAUUGCUGGAUGGAUUCCCGCCCCAAAUACGACGCGCUGUCGAGUCCUCAAUUCCCAAGACUAUGGAUAUUAACUACCUGCCUAGCAGUACGAACUCCACUGAGACUUCAAGGAGAUCUAGCUUGGGGCCAGCAAGGACGCCCAGUUAUGCGGGACCAACACAAUCGUCACAUUUGCAAAGACUAAACUCCUUAAGGACGUCCAAUGGCCACCAACCUGUCAAUCGCAAUAAAACCGACGACACAACUUCCAGAAAGGCUAGUGGCUCAAGCAAAAUGGCUGCAAUGGCGCCGCGAACAAACAGCGGGACUAAUAUCCUUGACAGAGCCACUCCGCCGGGAUCAAUUGACGGUCACGCUCAAAUUGAUCUUACCGGCGAAAUAACACAGAAUCAUUCAAACACUUUGAUCAAAAAGUACAUGGAAAAAUCCUCUCAAGACGUGGGUCAACGGAAUCACACUCAGAACGAGUUAGAUGAUAUCAUCCAUUAUUUAUCAUCAAAAGUACAAUCUGAAAAAGAGCUAGGCAUUCAGCUACUUCAAAAUAUUUGUCUCAUUGGACUUCCUGCUCAGAGCGAUAAAUUGAGACCGGCAGUGGCGCUCAUCAUAAUGGAAUCGCCACAAUCCUUAGCGCCACUUCUGCGACUGCCAGCUUUCCAUACCAUGCUUAACGCCUCUCAAGCCAUCGAGGCUUUUGCAGUCCAUGGUCUGCCUGUGGAACUCCUAACGCGGCAGUACACGGCAGAAGAUCUUCUUCUUGCCUUGAAAAAUGUGUUCGAUGCGUUUUAUCCCGUAGAUGAUCAACUGCCGCUACACUAUCUGAAGUACGGGCGUCAGAUACUCGAUUACGGAUUUGAUGUGCUCACAUAUUAUCCUAAGGGCACGCUUUCCGUAACUCAGCCAUUUUUCAAGCUUUUGACAGAAAGGCUACUCGAACUUUAUGGCAAAGAUUUUAACCUUGGCAAAUAUUUUGAUGCCCUUUUCUGCAUUUACGCCUGUGAUAGUAAGGGUUUCAUGAAUGUAUUGGAGGCGUCAUCAAGUUUUCUUCAGUCGAACGUUAGGCGCGAACUCGAAAAGCGAGGCCCUGAAUUUGAUUGUAACGUAUUAGAACAGCAACUCGAUAAUGUGAAUUCCGGCUUCGCAGAUGAUGGGCUGUCCACACAGCUUACAAUGAUCAAUCCUUCCUUUAAUCAAAGAUCCGCUAGCGGCAGCAGUGUCCUGAUACAUGAUCUGAACAAAGACGAAGAUGAAAACAUGCCCUCAAGCAAAGAUGAUGUGGAUGAUGAGCUUCUUCAAGACGCACAAGGAUUUACCAAGUUUGGAGGACUCGCCAAACUCACGGAACUGACCAGAGUAGUGAGUCUUUAUGAACAUUCAAACAUGAACAACAACUCUUCUAAUGGUGUCUCUUUGGACACGGACGGAGACUUUAAAAUGCGGGGUGACUCGACUGAUUCGAGAGGUAAAACUCCAGAUGUUGAUUUAAGCGACAUUUUCAAUGAAGAGCGGUCCCAUCACAAGGAUGUCAUGGUAAAGUUCGAUGACCAGCCACGCGUAAUACAGCAACAUCUGUCGUCAUCCGAAGAAAACAAUUCUUUAAGCGGUAGUGGAGAAAAGACACCUGAAGUGUUAGCUCCGGGCCCCAGCAUCAAUUCCAACGAGAACAGAGAGAGGACCGAAACUCAAGUAAUUCCCACAUCGAAGGAAGUUGGCGACAAAGUUGUUCCCGAAAAUGUCAUCAGAAAUGUCGGGGAACGACAGACGGAUGUUCUUAUGAAAGCUCCCAUCCUCUUGAAAACAGUCAACGAGACGGAAGAGACUUCAGAUUUUUUCGAUUCGCUUUCCUCAACUCUAGCACUUCAAUGGGCAUUAUCCAACGUCGCUGCUUCUUCUACAGUGCCGUAUCGCCCUGGAAAUCUGCUCGCCAUCAUAGCCAAGAUAAAGAAAAGAUCAUUUACAGGGCGAGAUCUGAACAUGCUGUUAUCUUUCUUGAUCAUUGGUAGAAACGAGAGCACUUUUCUCGAGUGGUUUCAAGAAGAUGGACUACAUCAGCUAUUAGAGGUACAAGAUCUUCUGUUGAAGUCUAUGAAUGACACCGACGAGUUUCCGGAAAUGUUGGCUUCAAAAUGUCUCUUACUAUCGUCCUGCUUGCUGAUAUUAGAGUCGGCUCUUUUACGCAACAGCACAAACAGUUCAAAAUUUGUCUGUACCGAAAGCACCUGGGCAUGUACGCGAACAAUUACGAGCAAGCUUGACAGCUUUGAUAGCGAGUGCUACGUGUUGUGUGAAGAACUAAGAGAAUACAUGAUCAAUCAUGGACUGAUAGAAGAGAGCGAUUUACCGAGACUCACGGCCGAACUAGAUUCAGCUAAUGAAAGUACUGUCAGAACAACAUUUGCAUUAGCAUCACUUCGACUUUUAUCCGGAAACAUGACACUUCCCAUGGAUAAAACGCUGUUGGAAGAGAUAGCCACCAAAGCCGUUCAAUAUAUCGUCAAUGACGCCCCAGAAUUGCGCAAAGAGUCUACUGAGCUAUUGGGUAACCUCUACAGGCUCAUUCAAUCAAGUGGUGAAUUUCACUGGCAAGUUUUGGAGCGUCUACCUCGCGGUAGAGCAGAGCUCAUCUCCUCGCUUUCCACGAAUGGAAACGCGUAA